AUGGAUUUCAGCAGACAGACAAAAAUCCCAUCUUGCCGAAAACUCCUUCCCUUCAUUGUCUUCCAAGUCAUAAUCAGCACAGUAUUAUUUGUCUACAUCCAAAACUUCAGGAGUGCAGACUCCACAGUCUCUGCUUCUUCCAUACAAGGACAUUCCUACAAGUUACUCCCUGAAAAUGUUUCCAUAGUUAAGAAGGGUGCCCCGAACCUCACCAUCCUGCUGUGGACAUGGCCAUUUGGGGUACAUUCUACCAUCCAAAAGUGUUCCAAGCUCCUGGGCAUCCCAGAUUGCCACAUCACAGCCAACCGCAGCUGGUAUCACAAAGCUGACGCAGUCCUCAUUCACCACCGAGAUGUGUGCUAUAGUCCAAGAAAGCUCCCCCAAGUCCCACGGCCUCCUUUUCAACGCUGGAUUUGGUACAAUCUGGAAUCUCCCAGUGCCUCCCCCAACAUGAGCUUCAUGGACAAUCAUUUCAAUCUCACCAUGUCCUACCGGAGAGACUCAGAUAUCUUCUGCCCUUAUGGAUUGCUGGAGGUCCUCACUGAACCACAGAAUGUCACCAUUCCACCCAAGUCCAAGCUGGUGGCCUGGGUCAUCAGUAACUGGAACCCAGCCUCCCACCGUGUGAAAUAUUACAAGGAGUUGAAAAAGUACAUCCAAGUAGAUGUAUAUGGACAAGGCCACUUGACUCUACCUCAAGACAAACAUCUGUCCACUUUAUCCCAGUAUAAGUUCUACCUGGCCUUUGAGAACUCCAUCCAUGAGGACUAUAUCACCGAGAAGCUCUGGAAGAACUCCUUGCUCUCUGAAGUUGUGCCUGUGGUGUGUGGACCGCCACGGAAGAACUACGAGCGCUAUUUGCCCCCAGAUGCCUUCAUUCAUAUUGAUGACUUCCCGUCAGCUAAAGACUUGGCCAACUUCCUAAAAGAACUGGACAGGAAUGCAACAAGAUACCAGAGUUACUUUCAGUGGCGAACAUGGCUAAAGCCCUCUGGGCAAAUGUCCUUCAGUCUUCACUACUGCAAAGCAUGCCGAGCUUUACAGACAACCCCAUUCCAUUUUCAGACCAUCCCAGAGCUAAGCAAAUGGUUCAAGUGA